AUAACAAUAUUAUAAUAAUAACAUUAAAAAAGAAUUCGAGCUGCCCACCAAAAAGCUUGCGCAAGCAACCACAGGGAUCUGGGAAGCCAAAUGGACCUGAACUCGACUUUUGUAAAGACUCCACGUUUCAAGCGAAACAACGCCAUGGGGUACCAGAUCAUAACUAAGAGUGACAUGAGAUGAAACACCAUGCCAGCAGCUUUGACAUUAAGAAGAUGACGCCCGUCUUCAUCUAUGCAGUGUCCUGGCCGUCAGCAAAUUGGUCAGAAUGGGCAUCAGGUCAGUCAGAACGAGUGGGAGGGUCCACAUGUUUGCAUAAGCAAAUACUGCGUAUGGUCAACCGCUGUGGCACCGGGCGAGGCUCUUUCUGUUGUCACAAUACAUGCGAAUAGUCAGAGGUUGCAAGGUCUGAGUGCAUCGUCACUUGACUUGCACCGAUCACAAACUUUCCGCACUAUUCGCGUACCUGGGAAGGGAAUCGGAAUGGUUGCUGACAAGACUAUCCGGAGAGGCGAGCAAAUAUUAGAGGCGAAGCCUGCCAUCUUGGUACACACCGAUCUCGUUGAAGACCUGGGGACAGAAGAGCAAUACCAGCUUCUGGAAACGGCGGUCGCUCUACUGCCACAGACAAGACAACAACAAUUCUUAGCUCAGGCUGGUGAAUUCGGUGGGCACAGGAUCAAUGACACCAUGUUCACAAAUUCCUUUCAGAUCAACUUGGGAGGACAGAACGGACACCACUUUGGGAACUUUCCAGAAGUAUCCCGCUUCAAUCACGAUUGCAGGCCGAAUGUCGCCUUUUAUAUCGAUGAAAAUCUGAUUCAUCACACCCAUGCCAUCAGGGACAUAGAGGCAGGAGAGGAGCUCACAAUAUCCUACUUGGACUCUUUCAAGGCACGACAAGUUCGUCAGACGAGAGCACAUUCAUCUUGGGGCUUUGCUUGCACAUGCGCGCAAUGCAGCUUGCCAAAGGAAGAAGCUGAUGUAUCUGAUGCACGACUCUACUCAAUAUACAGGAUUGAGAACCAGCUCGCAGACCUAGGCAACAGGAAUGUCACCCCAGACAUGGUCGAACAACUGAUCAAUCUUUAUAAAGAAGAAAGAUUGGAGUUUAAGAUUGCAGAUGCUUAUACCAUUGCUGCGCUCAAUUAUAACAUUUUUGGAAUGUCUGACACGGCGAAGAAAUAUGCGAAUCUCUCUAUAGAACAGGGACUCCUCGAGCAUGGUCCCGGUGCGCCGGAUAUAGCGGCUAUGCGACUUCUUCUUGCCAAUGCGGAAGGCCACUGGACUUACAACCGCCGUCCGUAUAUCCUGCAGUGAUGACUGCUCAUCGGCCAUGCGGAGGGAGGACUAUUAUCAUAUGAUGUUUGAAAGUUUCCCAGCUAUCAUUUUCAGACAACCAGUAGAACCUGUCUGUCUAGGUCGUGAUCAUGUAAUGAAAUAUGCGACAUUGACAAGAGAGACUAAAGUUAUUGAAGAAUCAACAAGCUCUCAAGAAAGUCACGCGCGAGGGUCAUCGCAUCGAAAUUACCCGACAUGAUGCAACUAUGGUCAAGCAGUUCUACAUCGAUUAGUUUUCAGAUGUGUAUAGGAAGGAAUGUCAAUCUGGAACCCUGAAACUCACACUUUCAGUCUGACCACUAAGGAGUGGCUGCCAAUCGCAGAACGUGAUCAU